CGUAUUUUUUUUCCAACAAACGAAAAACGAACAAACUUACAACUUAUCGAAAACACCUAAAAACCAACCCCCUCUUAUCUUAACAUCAACAUCAUUGCAGAUUGCAAAAUUAAAGAAAAUCCAAAUAAAAAAGAAUAAUAUAAAUAAUCACAGUUUACAGCCAGAAAUAAUUUUAUGAAACGUAAAUGACUCAAAAGCAUAUCAAAUUUGAUUUUUAUGAAUCUAUAUAUUUGAAUAUAACCUAACAUGCUUAAGGAAAAAGGACAAUUAAAGUUCGAAGAUAAAUGGCCUUAUAUGGGACCUAUUGUUCUCAAACUGUUAAAACAAGAACCCGUUUCGCCGGCAGAAUGGCAAGAACUGUUUUACGAUGUCCAUUUGGUGUGUCUUUGGGACGAAAAGGGUCCAGCAAAACUCAAAGACCACUUACACGAUGACAUAGUGCAAUUUAUCAAGCAGGCGCAGACUAGGGUGUUGGCUCACAGGCAAGAGGAGGCUUUAUUGAAGGCUUACAUAGCGGAAUGGAGGAAAUUUUUUACACAGUGUAAUUAUUUGCCAACUCCUUUUAGACAACUGGAGAGUAGUUUACAGGGUAAACCUGCAUCAAAUAAUUCAACUGUACAGAAUAAUAGCGGGAAAAAAACUCCGGGAGAAGAAAGCAUAGUGAGAAAAUUGAUGCUAGAUUCGUGGAACGAGAGUAUAUUCAGUGAUAUUAAGCAUAGGUUACAAGAGAGUGCUAUGAAAUUGGUGCAUGCCGAACGAAAUGGAGAGGCUUUUGAUUCACAAUUAGUAAUAGGUGUUAGGGAAUCGUACGUCAACCUCUGUUCAAAUACGGAGGACCGUCUACAAAUCUACAGAGAAAAUUUCGAAGCAGCUUACAUACAGAGUACGGUUAUGUUUUAUCGUAUGAACGCGCCGGAGCAAUUAGCCGCCAAUGGAGUGCAAGCUUACAUGAAGUACGCGGAUUCGAAAUUGCGAGAGGAGGAGGCCAGAGCUCAGAGAUACUUAGAAGCCGGUAGUAACGGAGUGAUCCAAUGCUGUGUUAAAGUUUUAGUUGGAAAUCCGUUGCCCGUAUUGUUGGCCGAAUGCGCGCCGUUGAUCAAGGCCGGCGAAACGGAGAGGUUGCAGUUGAUGUUUAGGUUACUUGAACGAGUGGCUGAAGGUGUCCAACCGAUGUUGAGAGAACUGGAAAACCAUAUAACUCAAGCUGGUCUUGCCGAUAUGGUAGCCGCCGCCGAUAUCAUAACUCAGGAUUCAGAAAAAUACGUCGAGAGGUUGUUAGAUCUGUUCAGAAAGUUCAGCAAGCUGGUACACGACGCCUUUUCAGACGAUCCGAGGUUCCUGACUGCCAGAGAUAAAGCUUUCAAGGCUGUGGUUAACGAUACAACAGUUUUUAGGUUAGAAUUAAGUACAGGGAGGAACCCGGGUGGUAAAACCGUCGCCCCCGAAAGUAAAUGUCCGGAAUUGUUGGCGAACUAUUGCGAUAUGUUGUUGAGGAGGACGCCGUUAUCAAAAAGGCUGACUAGUGAGGAAAUCGAAUCUAGGUUAAAAGAUGUACUUUUAGUUUUGAAGUACGUGUCAAAUAAGGACGUAUUUAUGCGGUAUCACAAGGCGCAUUUGACGAGGAGAUUAAUUUUAGAUGCCAGUGCGGACAGCGAGAAAGAAGAAGACAUGGUAGAAUGGUUAAGAGAAGUCGGUAUGCCGGCCGAUUACGUGAAUAAAUUGGCGCGAAUGUUUCAAGAUAUUAAAGUCAGCGAAGACCUCAACGGUCAAUUCCGAACGUCGACGACUCGACACGACGCCAUCAACAUUAAAAUUUUGAACGCGGGAGCUUGGGCGAGAGGUUCGGAACGAGUCACCGUCAGUUUGCCGGUCGAAUUGGAAGAUUAUAUACCGGAAGUCGAAGAUUUUUAUAAAAAGAAACACUCUGGAAGGAAGCUGCAAUGGUACCAUCACAUGAGCAACGGCACCAUAACGUUCUCGACGUCGAGCGGCAAAUUCGAUUUGGACGUGACCACUUUCCAAAUGGCCGUACUGUUCGCUUGGAACCAAAGGCAAAACGAUAAGAUCAGUUACGAAAACCUCAGGUUAGCCACCGAACUACCGGACGGCGAGCUGAGACGAACGCUUUGGUCACUAGUCGCUUUUCCGAAGUUAAAACGACAGUUAAUACAGUUUUCGCCCGCGGCGAGCGCUCCGAAGGACUUCACCGAGCACACGUCGUUUUGGGUCAAUCAGGAUUUCGCGUUGAUCAAAAACGGGAAGCUUCAAAAGAGAGGAAAGGUGAAUCUGAUAGGCCGGUUGCAGCUGAGCACGGAAAGGUCGCAAAUGGAAGACAACCAAUCUAUAGUACAAUUAAGGAUUCUUAGGACCCAAGAGGCUAUAAUAAAGAUAUUAAAAAUGCGCAAGAAAAUAUCGAACGCCGGUUUGCAAUCGGAAUUGGUCGAUAUACUGAAAAAUAUGUUUUUACCGUCUAAAAAAAUGAUCAAAGAACAAUUAGAAUGGCUGAUCGAACACAAAUACAUGAGGCGAGACGACGACGAUAUAAAUACUUUUAUUUAUAUGGCAUAAUUUGUUAAUACUAGUGAUUAAAAACGAAUUUUGUUAUAUUGUUGUUUUUUACUCUCUGUUCCUUCACCUUUGCACUACUCUGAUACACUCUGUUUCCCUCUAACAGAAAUUAUUUAAAGGUUGAG